UUUGUUUCCAUUUUUACAGAUAGUCUACUGGAUUGGGCCAACCUUGGUAUUUUCAGAGCAAUCACAACAUUCCACAAUUUCUGCUACAUGCUCACUGAACAUAUAUUGUCACAUAAAAAAGUACAGGAUCUUUUACUAUCGAACGAAACAUUUGAUUUGGUAAUAGUUGAACAGUUUGGAAAUGAAGCACAUAUGGGCUUCGCGUCUCACUUCAGUGCCCCACUGGUGACUUUCAGUUCGAUAGGUUUGUCAGAAUGGAACUCCCAUUUGGUAGGAAAUAUUAAACUGCCAUCAAUUGUACCAUUCAGUCUCAGUUCUCACUCCAAUCAUAUGAACUUCAUUCAACGUGUGACUAAUACGAUGGCACAUAUUUUUGAUGCUAUAUAUAAAGAACUAAUCUACUUUCCUUGGCAGCAAUCGAUGUUGGACAAAUAUUUUCCACAGAAAAUGGAUCUGAAAACAAUCAUGUUCAACACCAGUUUCAUGUUGCUGAAUUCUCAUAGCAUCAGUACCGAACCAGUGCAGUUAACCAGUUCAGUGGCGGAGAUAGGAGGGUUUCAUAUAACUCCAAAUGAACUUCCAAAAAGUGUACAAGAAUUUUUAGAUGGUGCUGAGAAUGGAGUGAUUCUGUUCAGUUUGGGAUCUAAUUUGAGAUCAAGCGACCUACCGAGAGGAACUCUAGACAUGAUACUCGAAGUGUUCAGAAGAAUACCACAACGAAUAAUCUGGAAAUUUGAGGAAACCGAUAUUCAUCAUAAGCAUGACAAUGUAAUGAUAUCCAAAUGGAUGCAGCAAAGCGAUAUAUUAGCACAUCCUAAUACACGUGCUUUUAUCACGCAUGGAGGAAUACUGAGUACAACUGAAGCUAUACAUUACGGAGUGCCAAUGAUUGGUAUACCCAUAUUGGGGGACCAGUAUAUGAAUGUUGCAAGAAUGGUGCGGAAGCGACUAUGCAUCAAUCUUCCGCUUCCAGAACUUACUGAAAAUUCUUUUCAUGAAGCUAUCAGAGAAGUGAUAGAAAACCCAGAAUAUCGAAAUAACGCGCAAAAAUAUUCCAAGAUUUUUAGAGACCGUCUGAAUAAACCUCUAGACGAAGCAGUGUUCUGGAUCGAAUACGUUUUGAGGCACAGUGGAGCAACUCAUUUGAGGAAUGCAUCAAUGGAUUUGUAUUGGUUUCAAUUAUACACUUUGGAUGUUUGGUUAUUUAUAUUUUCAUGGCCCAUACUCUUUUAUCUUUUUGGGAGAGCUUAACGAUUUCGUAUUUUUAUGGUGUAUUUUAUAAGGUAAUUUGUUAGUGAAAUAGUAGUUACUAUUUGAUAGUUCAAAUCAAAUCAAAUUAAAUUUUAUUAAAUCCGU